AGAUGGUGCAUUUACUUUGCUUUGGUGGACUCCACUUCAAGCCUUUAUUCUUCUUGGUCUGGUCCAUCGCACGUCGCAACUUGGCACUUGGCAGUAUCCAAAUCGCCGGCUCGGCGCCAACCGCGGUUCUCUUUUGCCGCCAAGCCUUAGUGUUCUCCUCGUGUUCUUUUAGUUUUUCUUCCAUCCCUCUCUCUGCUCAGGCUUUAUUGGAGUGUACCACCUUUGUUCCAUGAACCACUUGAAUAUAUAAACGAUGGCGACGGCGAUGAACAAGGAGAAAUAGAAGAAGGGGAGUUGCUGUGUGUGUUUUCUACUUUAUUGAGCCUUUUUUCUGGGUUGGUAGUUCAAGAAAGGUCACUGAAUCUUGUGGGUCUUCGUUGUUUUUCAAUUCUGCUUAGUGGUUCCACGUAUGGCGCAGAAGUACCUGCGACUGGUGUUAUUUAUCAGCUUCGUGGGUUUAGUAAGUUUUGGUUGGGCUGCAGCCUCGGGACACCAGCCUCUUGCUAAGAUUGCCAUUCAUAGGACUACUCUUGCGCUACAUGAAUCUGCCUCCAUUAAAGUGUCUCCUGUCAUCCUUGGUUUGAAGGGUGAAAAGAUCGACUGGGUCCGUUUGAAGUUUAGUUACCCCAAUCCAACGGCUGAUGAUUGGGUGGGGGUAUUUUCUCCUGCAAAUUUCAGUGCAUCAAUUUGUAAUCCUGAAGUCUUCAGCUGGGAGGAUGAAGCUCCAUUCUUAUGCACUUCACCUAUUAAGUUUCAAUAUGCUACAUACUCAAAUCCAAGCUACACGAAGACGGGAACUGGAUCGUUGAAACUUCAAUUGAUCAAUCAGAGAGCUGACUUUUCAUUUGGUUUAUUCACAGGAGGAAUCUUAAAUCCAAAGCUGGUUGCUGUCUCAGAUGCUAUAACUUUUGCUAAUCCAAAGGCUCCUGCUUAUCCACGUUUAGCUCAAGGGAGGUCAUGGAACGAAAUAACUGUGACUUGGACUAGUGGUUAUGAUAUCAAGGAGGCAGUUCCUUUUGUUGCUUGGGGAAUGGAAGGAGAAACUCAGACAAGAUCUCCUGCUGGAACCUUGACAUUCACUCGCAAUAGCAUGUGUGGUUCUCCAGCAAGGACAGUGGGAUGGCGUGAUCCAGGCUUCAUACAUACAAGCUUUUUGAAGGACUUGUGGCCUAAUCUAGCAGUCCUUUCAAUCUCAUGCAGUUAUAAGUACCAACUGGGUCACAAGUUGCUUAAUGGAUCAUACGUUUGGAGCCAAGUUCAUCAUUUUAAAGCACCUCCUUAUCCUGGACAGGACUCCUUACAACGUGUUGUAAUUUUUGGGGAUAUGGGAAAGGCAGAGCGUGAUGGUUCCACUAAAUAUAAUGAUUUUGAGUAUGGAUCUUUGAACACUACAGAUCAGCUCAUUAAGGACUUGCAGAAUAUUGACAUGGUCUUGCAUAUUGGUGACAUAAGCUAUGCUGAUGGCUACUUAUCACAAUGGGAUCAGUUUACAGCUCAGAUUGAACCAAUUGCAUCCACUGUACCAUAUAUGAUUGCAAAUGGAAAUCAUGAACGUGAUUGGCCAGGGUCCGGCUCAUUCUAUACUGGAAAAGACUCAGGAGGGGAAUGUGGAGUGUUGGCUCAAACUAUGUUUUACGUUCCUGCUGAGAACAGGGAAAAGUUUUGGUAUUCAACCGAUUACGGCAUGUUUCGUUUCUGUAUAGCUGACUCCGAGCACGAUUGGAGGCCAGGGACUGAGCAAUAUCGAUUUAUUGAGCACUGUUUUGCAACUGCCGAUAGGCUAAAGCAACCGUGGCUAGUUUUCAUUGCACAUCGUGUUUUAGGGUAUUCAUCGUACUUCAUAUAUGCACUAGAUGGCUCCUUUGGGGAACCUAUGGGAAGAGAGAGCCUGCAAGGACUUUGGCAAAAAUAUAAGGUUGACCUUGCCAUCUUUGGUCAUAUACACGGCUAUGAAAGAACGUGCCCUAUCUAUGAGAAUAAAUGUAUGAGCACAGAAAAGUCUCACUAUAAAGGACCAUUUAAUGGAACCAUCAAUGUAGUAGCAGGAGGGGGUGGUGCUAUCAUUUCCAGUUUCAGCACACUCAAUACUAGCUGGAGUUUGUUCAAGGAUGCGGACUUCGGGUUUCUCAAGUUGACAGCACUUGACCAUUCAUCUCUGCUUGCUGAGUACAAAAGAAGCAAGGAUGAUAAGGAAACAAUGAAGAUCAGGAGCCAUAUGCAACUCGGAUUCACAUCACCCUUGGAUAAAUUGCCUUUUCCUUGUUCUCUAUAUACUGGUCCUUAGACUCUGGAUGUGAGGGUACUAGCUUCAGAGUUCCAUGUAGCCUGGAGUGUGGCUAAGUCUCCACUUGAGCCUAGGCAUGGUUUUCUCGUGUUGGGGAUUGAAUAAUAAUACAACAACAAUAAUAAUGGAGUACGUGAAGCUUGGAGAUUGCUUGAUUUGACACUGAAUCAUAUUUCAUUUCAAAUAUAAAAUACAAAAAAUAAUAUUUUUAUAUAUGUAAUUGGGUUAGGAUGUUAAACAGAUAUUUAUUAGAUUCAGUUUUAAAAAAGGAAAAAAACCUUUGUACCAUAUUUACAAGCGCCAAGGGAAUGAAAUGAGUUGCAAGUUGAGGUCAA